AUGCUACCGCCGUACACGCGAUCUGGAUACGAUAGCGCAGCUUCGUACUGGCUUGCGUACGCAAUGGCCCGUGCACCUUUAGGCUAUAAAGCUCCGCUACCUGGGAGCUUGGCGUUCUCAGAUUAUGGCCAAGUUCUAGAUUCAAUCGUUAUGCGUGACCGUGAUACUGGUCGCAGCCGCGGAUUUGGGUUCGUAACAUAUUCAUCUGGAGAAGAGGCCAACGCCGCUGUUGGAGGUAUGAAUGACCAAGACCUCGAUGGCCGUCGAAUCAAGGUCAACCUUGCCAACCCUCGUGGAACCUGA